CGUAUAUACGCCGUACUCCGUCGCAUAAAAAAUCAUGUUUAAGAUAUUGUGGAAAUGUAGAAGUGGCCAAGUGGGAGAGGCGUUUGGAGAUGGAUGAUCUAAGGCCAGUCAAAUAUAUAGCGCAACAAUCGCCCCGUUAACUUCCUCGUUGUGAAGAGUGAAGAUGAAGAUCUGCCUCUUGCUGUCAUGUUAACUUUGACAAAUAUCAGGAGUGAAGAAGGAAAGGGUUGGUGAAGAUGGAAGGCCAAUCAGAGAGAUUUACUGUCAAUUUUUUGAUGGGAGGAGCAGCAGCCAUCUUUGCAAAAACUGCUGCAUCGCCAUUAGAAAGAGUAAAGCUUUUGCUGCAAAAUCAAGGGGAGUUGAUUAGAACAGGACAUUUAAAAAGACCUUACAUGGGUAUAGGUGACUGCUUCCAUAGAGUUUUGAGAGAGGAUGGUCUUCUGUCCUUCUGGAGGGGUAACCUGGCCAAUGUCAUUCGAUACAUCCCAACCCAGGCUAGCAAUUUUGCAUUCAAAGAUUACUUCAAAAGCCUCUUUGGGUGUUCGAAAGAUGAAGAUGGGUAUGCAAAGUGGUUUGCUGGAAAUCUAGCCUCAGGAAGUGCUGCCGGAGCAACCACGUCAUUAUUUUUUUAUCACUUAGACUAUGCACGAACUCGGCUCGCUAUGGAUGCUAGGGAAUGCCUCAUUAAUGGAAGACGCCAAUAUAAGGGACUGAUAGAUGUUUAUGGCAAAACAUUAUCAAGUGAUGGCAUCAUUGGGCUCUACCGGGGAUUUGGUGUUUCAAUAAUAGGUAUAACUUUGUAUCGAGGAAUGUACUUUGGAAUCUACGACUCCCUGAAACCGGUUGUUUUAUUUGGACCCUUACAGGACAAUUUCUUUGCAAAUUUCAUGUUAGGCUGGAGCGUGACUACUAUUUCUGGGAUCUGUGCCUAUCCUUUUGACACACUGAGGAGAAGAAUGAUGCUAACUUCUGGACACAAAUUGAAGUACCAUAACUCCUUUCAUGCCGUAAAAGAAAUCAUUCACCAUGAAGGGGUUUCCGCACUUUUCCGUGGAGUUAGAGCAAACAUUCUCUAUGGUGUUGCAGGUGCUGGAGUGCUUGUAGGAUAUGACCAGCUACACCGAAUUGUAUAUAGUACUCAUUAGAACUUUAAAUCUUCUCACAGAGCCUUGUGUUAAAUUAUAUUUCAAUAUUGGCCAACCUCUUAUAAAGAAACAAUGAUUUGUGACCCAUUGAUGUGAAGCAAGGAGAAAUAAAUGGGAAACCCCAAAUUUAG